GUGGUGAAAAAAAAACAAACCUUUACAACUUGUUGCAAUUUAAACUAAAUAUUUUAAUUUUUAUAAUAAUAGUCAAAUUGCAAUAUUUUUUUAUUGCAAUAAUAGCCAAAUUGAUAGCUAAAUUUGUUGUUUUCAAUUAAAAGAUUAGGCUAUUAUUAUUUUCUGAUAAAUAUUUUUUUUUUGGUGACGAGAUCUCACUCUACUGAGCCGAAAUUCAAUAUUAUUGUCAAAUUCCGGGAUGUGAACCACCCGCAAGCGCACAUACCUGAUAAUAAUGAACAGUAAUCCAACCUCAACCAUUCCAUAUUAAGAAAGGACAUAGCCGGGGUUCGAACCCGUGACCUUUGACAUAAAAAUAAAAAAACAUCACUCAAAAAGUGAAAUUUGGCUAUUAUUACAAAACAAAAAAAAUACAAUUUCGCUAUUAUUACACAAAUUAAAAAGAUUUGAUUUAAAUUGCAAAAGUCGCAAAAAUUUAAUUGAGAAUUAAGUUAAAAGUUUUCUUAAUCGGAUAUUGUAGAAUUAUUUGCACACCUGGUCAUUUCAAUUGGGAAUUUUCCACUAUAUGACUAUCUCAUUAUUUAUGUUGUUAAAAUCUUCUAGAAUAAGAAACAUAAAAUUCAAAGAUAUGGAUUUGAAAACUCCAUCCAAUUCACAUAUCAGAAAUUUCAAGGGAAGCUCACAAAUAAUUAAUUUAAAAAAAAAAUUGAAGAACACUAUAAAAGAGUAGCCUAUAGAAGAUAUAUUAAUUACUCAAAUUAUGUCUUGUUUAUUUUCUCUUUUGAUUUUCUUUUCUUGUUUGCUUGUAAGUAAUUCAACUACCAUAAAACAGAACGAUGAUACUGCUUUAUUUAUUUUCGGGGAUUCUCUCUUUGAUGCCGGAAACAAUAAUUAUUUGAAAAUGGACGUCAACAAGGCCAACUUUUUUCCAUAUGGAGAAACAUUCUUCAAUCAUCCUACCGGAAGAUUCUCCGACGGUCGAAUUAUUCCAGAUUUUAUUGCUGGGUACUUAAAUCUACCACUGAUUCUCCCUUAUCUUCAGCCUGGAAAUCAAGAAUAUACAAAUGGAGUAAAUUUUGCAUCAGGUGGAGCUGGUGCUCUUGUUCAAACUUUUCAAGGAUAUGUAAUAGAUCUAAAUACUCAACUUGGUUAUUUUAAGAAAGUAAAGAAGCAGCUGAGGAAGAAAUUAGGGCAUACAGAGACGGAGUCCUUAUUAGCAAAGGCCAUUUAUUUAUUCAACAUUGGCCUCAAUGAUUAUGCAGCACCGAUCCAAACAAAUUCUACUAUACUUCACCACUACACCAAUCAACAGUUUGUUGGGAUUGUUAUUGGCAACCUAACCGCUGUAGUUAAAGAAAUUUAUAAGAAUGGAGGAAGAAGAUUUGGAUUUUCAACCUUGAUUGAGUUGGGUUCUUCACCUGCUUCCAGAGCAUUUGAACAAACUAAUACUACACCAAUUGGCUUCAAGGAAGCUGAAAUUCAAAUACAUCUACACAAUAAGGCACUUCCUAAGGUUCUUAAGGACCUAAAAAAAGAUCUGGGAGGAUUUAAAUAUUGCAUUUUUGAUUUACAUACUUCAGCAAGUGAAAGAAUCAACAAUCCUUUUAAGUAUGGUUUUAAGGAUGGAAAAUCCGCAUGUUGUGGGACUGGACCAUUUAGAGGACUCGGAGGGUGUGGUGUAACUAAAGAUUAUGAAUUGUGUGAGAAUCCUAAUGAUUUUGUGUUCUUUGAUGGACAUCCAACAGAGCAUUUCAGCAACCAAAUUGCUAAGCUCAUGUGGAGUGGAAAUUCUAAGUACACAAACCCUUACAAUCUCAAAACUUUACUUGAGGCAUAGUUAAUAUUUUCAUUUGUAGUUGGAAGCCAAAAUUAUUAUGUUAUACAUAAUAAGAAUAAUUAAUUAUUUCCAAUAAUUCUCACGAACGAUGGUGCUGUAUUUAAUUAAG